CCGAUUUUAGAUCGCAAGAUUGAAUGGAAUGACACCUAUGCACUGCAUCUCCUGUCGCUUGCGCUGGUCAUCUUAUUCGUAAUAGCAUUGUGCUAUGUGCUACUACCAUCAUCUACCUACGACCUAGGACAUAAAGCUUCCAGACGCCGCGGAAAGAUGACUGAAACCGAGGAACCGGAAUCUGGUUCGGGUAGUCAGGGAGGUUUCAUCCAACCCUCUGCUGUCCACGUUUAUACGACGGCUUACGACACUGUCGAAACAGUUGGCAACGAGAACGCCACAGCCGCAACGAGCGUUACCGUGCCGGUAACCAGGCGAGCGACCAAGCGAGUGGCCAAGCCAGUGACUCAGCCGGUGAGGAACACCACCCCAACUGCUGUUAGGGUGCCGUCAACAGAAGAUGCCACAAUGGUUGAUACCGACAUGACAGGAAAACAAGAAACCACCAAGCGAGCAAGCACUGAAUUCGGCACUGCAUUUCCCAGCAUCGAGACUACGAUGACCAAUAUCCCGUGGGCUAGCAUCGGCAGUAGCAGCAGGGCGCCUGCGACGAGCAGCGCCACCACCACGACAACUACCACCACCACAACCACGACGACCACCGGCCCACGACCGACGACGGGUUACGGCUAUCUGCUGUGCACGGUGGGUCGUGAAGCCUCGGACCCUGCAAUGUACCCUGUCCACGACAAACUGUGCGACUUUCUCAUCUACACGGACGUGAUGGCGACCCGCAACAGCUUCGCCUCCGUCACUGGCAAACUGGCUUACGAGACAUUCAAGAAGGUGGUGCGCCAGCAGAGAGACGCCGGAGAUCUUCGUUUCGGCAUAAGUGUAGCACCGAAGUCCAUUCAGAAGUUACGAAGCCGCUCAUGGGAAGGUGACGGAAAUGAUGCGAGCUUUUUGAAUAUGGUCCGCAAGCAUUUUGAGGAGUAUGGAAUCCUGACGUACGGGUCCCUCGGCUGGGAUGUCACCGUACAGCAGUUGGUUGACGACGAAGCGUUAGUGAUCUGGUUUAAGACUCUGGUGACAACGUUAGCCGACAUGGGCUCGAAUCCCAUGACGUUCUUCGGAGCCCACGUUAGAGAAGACUACCACAAUCUAGAGGCGGAUUCCGACAUGGCGGCCAGGCUCACGGAUGUCCUCAAGCGCAUGGAGAUUGGAAUCUUCGUCUUGAUCACGCACAACGCGGACAUAGACAGGCAGCAUCAAUGUGUGUCUGUCCCGACCAGCUCCUGGACAGGGCGAUAUUAUGUAGAUAAAACCAGGCCUGUGCUGAAAAGCUCGAUGAAGUUUCUUGAGAACGGCCUGGCGACGCCCUCGUUCGAGACGGCCUUGUCUUUCACGAUGGCGUACGUCCGUUACAUCAUGCGGAACGAGGUUCACGAGACAGCCCCUUACAAGCAACCCUGCGUGCACGUGCACUUGGACAGCCUGCUAGCCUACUGCGUAGACGACGCAAUGCAGGAACAGUUCACGGACGAAGCACUCGUCAACACCAACUAUGACGCUCGGAAACUGAACAGCUACGAAAGCGUCCAAUCUAUCGACGCCAAGAUGCUGAAGGUGCUUCCCUCAGUGCGUAAACACACGCACAGGCGUAUUGGCUGGGCAGCGUUCGACGUUCAGUACGAGAUCUUCAACACCUCCGACUGCAACGCCAAGCACCGGAACAUGGGGCACUUUGCUAGAGUGGCCAAAAUGCGACAGAUACUCGAUGACAACAGAUUUCUCGAACGCUGACUCCUGCAGCUCAUUUUACAUAGAAAUAAAGACAGAGUACGCGGCUUGUA